UACAAACUUAUGAAAAUGAUAGUACUAAUUUUAAUAUUUUACAGAAUUUUGUAAUAGAAGAACGCAAUAUCGAUACUAGUGAAGACGAAAGUACUCAGAAUAACACAUAUAAUACAUCUAAUCUAUAUAGUUCUUUUGAUUGUAUAAAUAACGAAGAUGUUGAUGUAUUUCAUAACUUUUCAUUGCAUGGUGAAGAUUGUCGAACUGUUUCAAGAUUUCAUAACCUUAUUAGUGAAAACGCAGAUGAUAUAUGUGAAGAAAAAAAUAUUAAUGCUCUACAAAAUAGCCUGAAAAAAUGGGCAACAGAAUACAAUAUUACUAGAAGUAGUUUUAAAGAGCUCUUAAAAAUUCUUAAAAAAGUUUAUCCUACUUUACCUAAAGAUCCUAGAAGUAUAUUUCAAAAGCCAAAUAAUAUUUCAGUCGAAAUAAUGGGAAAUGGUGAAUAUUAUAAUUUCGGUUUAAAGAACAUGUUGGAAAAACAUUUAAGAAUUAUAAGACAGCCUUCGUCACAAAUACUCUGGUUAAAGUUCAAUGUUGAUGGAUUGCCAUUAUUUAAAAGUAGUCGCGUACAGUUUUGGCCGAUAUUAUGUCUUAUUUCAAAUUUUGGUUUUCAACCUUUUGUAUGUGCAGUAUAUUGUGGCAAAGGAAAACCAGAUUUAACAUUAUUUAUGAAAGACUUUGUUCCUGAACUAAAAGAUGUUAUGGAUAAUGGCAUAACAAUUAAUAAUAUAAAGUUUAAUAUUUUUGUUAAAAGUUUUAUUUGUGACGCUCCCGCUAGAGCCUUCUUAAAAGGUAUUAAAGGUCAUGGAGGUUAUUAUGGGUGUGAGAAAUGUACUCAAAAAGGCAAAUGGAGGAAAAGACGCAUUACAUAUCCGGAUCAUAAUUCUGAUUUAAGAACAGAUGAGAGCUUUGCCGAUAGAACACAGAAAAAACAUCAUAAAGAGAUAAGUCCAUUAGUAGAUAUUGGAAUUAAAAUGAUCACCAUGUUCCCAUUAGACCCUAUGCAUUUGAUAUAUCUUGGAGUGAUGCGUAAACUGUUACAUAUAUGGACAGGUGGAAAAUUAAAAACUCGCAUGUCCGCUACAAACAUAAGUAUUAUGAGUAAACAACUUGAGAAAGCAGCACGUUUAUGGCCACAUGAGUUCAAUCGAAAGCCAAGAAGUUUACAUGAAUUAAAUAUGUGGAAAGCUACAGAGUACAGACAAUUUCUUUUAUAUUUGGGUCCAGUUGUACUUGUUCCAUGGCUUCCUACAAAAAUGUAUAAACAUUUUCUCUUACUUCAUGCUAGCAUAUUCAUUUUAUCGCAAGAUAUUAUUUCACCUGCAGCUUUAAUUCAAGCUGAACAUAUGUUAAGACAAUUUGUUAUAAACAGUACAUCAAAAGAACUUUAUGGCAAAACAUUUCUCAUAUAUAAUGUUCAUGGUUUGUUGCAUCUUGUCGAUGAUAUUAAAUGUCAUGGUUCUCUACAUGAAUUUUCUGCUUUUCCUUUUGAAAAUAAAUUGCAAUCUGUUAAGCGUGCAAUUCGUGGAAAAAAUAAACCGUUACAGCAAUUAAUUAAUCGUACUAUAGAAAUAAAUGAAAUAAAUACGAUUACUUGCGACCAUUUGAUUAUGAAAGAUAAUCCCGUUGUUUUAUCUGUUCAUUCUACUGGACCUUGCCUUUCUUUAACUGGUAUGCAAUAUAAAAAAAUUCAAUGGAGUAACACUACAUUAUCAUUAAAUGAAGGCGACAACGUAGUUAUUACGUCAAAAAAUGAUGUUAUCAAAAUUGUAAAUAUCGUUGAUACAGCAUCUGGUAUAAUUGUAAUAGGAAAGCGUUUCGAGAAAUACAGAGAUUUGUAUUUAGUGCCAUGCAAAUCAUCAGAUUUGAAUAUUUAUAUAGUAAAAAAUCUGUGUGAACAACCAAGUAAAUGGCAUCUCAAUGACAUUUUAUGUAAGGCAAUUCUUGUUCAAUACAAAAAUAAGGAUGCUUUUGUAAGUUUUCCUAUGCAUAAGUAAUAUUUUUUGUUUUCUUAAGAUGCAUAAUUGUUACAAGUUUUUUAUACAUAUGUAUAUAUUUCUCCUUUUCGACUUUUAUUUUUUUUAUUAUAAUCGAUAUUUUCUUGCAAAAGGAAUUGCAUUAUAAAUUCAUAACAGUUAUUGUAACUAGAAAUUCUGUAAGUGUUUAUGUUACAUUGCAUAUUGGAAUGUAGCGAAAAAGUUAAUAUAUACAUAUAUAUAGAAUGUU